ACCUCCCCGUCCCUCCUCAAGACCAUCGAAAUGGGUUUCCGUCACAACAACGUUCUCCACAACAACCACUUCCGCAAGGACUGGCAGCGCCGGGUCAAGGUCUGGUUCGACCAGCCUGGCUCGAAGAAGACGCGCCGCAACGCCCGUCAGGCCAAGGCUGCCGCUCUCGGCCUGCGCCCCACCAAGGCGCUGCGCCCGGCUGUGCGCUGCCCGACGCUCAAGUACAACACGAAGCUGCGCGAGGGCCGCGGCUUCACGCUUGAGGAGCUGAAGGCCGCCGGCCUGCGCAAGAAGGAGGCGCGCGCCAUCGGCGUCCCCGUCGACCACCGCCGCCGCAACAAGAGCGAGGAGAGCCUCAAGCUCAACGCCGACCGCAUCAAGGCGUACCGCGAGCGCAUCAUUGUGCUGCCGCGCCGCAACAAGAAGAACAAGGGCCAGGCCCCGGACCUGUCCAACGUCUCUUCCACGCGCGACGUCGCCGCCGCCUUCCCGAUCCCGGCCGGCCUGGUCGCCGAGGCACCGCGCGCCAUCACGGCCGAGGAGAAGGAGGCCACCGCCUUCCGCACGCUCCGCACGGCCCGUGCCGCGCACCGCAACGAGGGCAUGCGCGCGGCGCGCCAGAAGAAGAAGGAGGAGGAGGCCAAGGACUCGAAGAAGUAAAAAGGGGAGCCUGCGCUACGACUGCGUCCAUGCACACCACCACCACACUCCUCC